AUGUCUCCGAUACCAUCCCGGCCCGGUACCGGUACCGGACACAGAAACGAUGAAAGCAGCCACGACCAUCUCCCCGCAACGGAGCAGACUCCUCUCCUCCUCGGCGGCGGCUCCGUCCCCAAGAACGGCACCGAGUCGCCCGUCGUCGUCUCCGCCCCGGACAGCUCGGCCAGCAGCAGCCGCGACGAUGACGAGGGAAAGGAGGACGAGGAUGUUGACAGGCCCCUCCCUCGGCUCCAGAUCUUCCUCCUCUGCUACGCUCGCAUGAUGGACCCCGUCGCCUUCUUCUCCAUCUUCCCCUACAUCGCCGAGAUGGUCCACCGCGUGGGCGACGUCCCCGACACGGACGUGGGCUUCUACAGCGGCCUGAUCGAGUCGCUCUUCUCCAUCUCGCAGAUGCUCGUCCUCGUCGGGUGGGGGCGCCUGUCCGAUCGGAUCGGCCGCAAGCCCGUCCUGCUCUACAGCUUCGUCGGCCUGGUCGUCAGCCCUCUCCUGUUCGGCAUGUCCACCUCGCCCUGGCAGAUGAUCGCCUUCCGCUGCCUGGCCGGCAUCUUCUCCGGCUCCGGCCUCAUCAUCCGUACCAUGCUGAGCGAGCUGAGCACCCCGCAGACCCAGGCUCAGGCGUUCAGCUGGUUCGCCUUCGGUUCCAACAUUGGCAUCUUUGUCGGCCCCCUCAUCGGCGGCGCCCUGGCCGACCCGGUAAGGCAGUACCCCGGCGUCUUUGGCGAGAGCCGGUUCUUCCGGAAGUAUCCCUACGCCCUGUCGGGAUUUGCCGUCGCCGCCCUCGCCUCCACCGCCUUCGUCACCAGCGCCCUGUUCCUCGAGGAGACGCUCGACGACGACAAGAAGUCGUCCAAGAAGUCUCGGUCCAAGGCCAAGUCCAACCUCUCCAUCUGGGAGAUCAUAAAGUCCCCCGGCGUCGCCAUCGUCCUCUGGGUGUACAACCACGCCAUGGUGCUGGCCUUCUCGUACACUGCCGUCAUCCCUGUCGCCCUGUACACCCCGGUCGCUCUCGGAGGUCUCGGGUUCGGGCCCUCGAGCAUCUCCAUCGUCAUGGCCAUCCAGGGUGCCUCCCAGGCCAUCUGGCUCAUCCUGGUCUUCCCCUUCCUCCAGCACCGUGUCGGCACCAAGGGCAUCAUGCGCGGCUGCGCCAUCGGCUACCCCUUCUUCUUUGCUUCCUUCGUCGUGCUGAGCACCCUGCUCCGCAACGGGAGCCAGCCUGCCAUGGUCCUCUUCUGGAUCCUGGGCGGCAUCACAAACGUCAUCGGUCCCGGCGUGGCCAUGUGCUUCACCGGUGCCCAGCUAGCCCUCAACGACGUCGCGCCGGAUCACCACGUCCUGGGCACGCUGAAUGCCAUUGCCCUGACCGUGUCGAGCGGUGUCCGCUCCGUCAUCCCCGGUAUGGCGUCCGCCGUCUUCGCCGUGGGUGUCAAGCACCAAAUCUUCCGGGGCCACCUCGAGUGGCUCACCCUCAUCCCGCUGAGUCUGGCAUAUUUCGCGUGCGUCAGGCACCUCCCCGAAGGCAAGAGGCCGCACCGCCCGACCGGAAAUGAGCGGGAAGCUGCCUGA